CAAUUUGUUCGUUUAAAUUUAUCUGGGAAUAAUUACAGUGAUUAAAUUUAAGAAAUUCCAUGUGUUUAUGAUAAAUACUAGUAAAUUGCAUGUUUCUGGGGUUUAAGAUAAUGCAAAAUGCAAGGAUAUAAGAUGUGAUCAUGAACCUAAUAUUUUAAAUAUUGAUGAUAAUUUAAAAUUUUUUAAGGUAGAUGGAUCAUGUAACAAUAAUUAGAAUGGUGGAUAUAUUACUUGAACUAUUUUUGCAGCCACAUUAAUAUAAGCAGCUAAUAUUUAAAAAUAACAUAAAUGAGGAUCACUUUUGGACUGAAACUGUAUGUGUAGAUAAUAAAAAUGCAUUGACAACAAAUUAAGUUUGUAUUUAUAAAAAAGGAUUUAUAACAAAAUAAGUGGGAGCUUGUGUAUUUUAGUUGCUAAUAUUUAAAAAAAUGAAGAUGAAUGUAAUAUAAAUAUAAUUUGUUCACUCAUUACAGUAGAUAUUUAUUGUAUCAAAAAUACUUGAGGUUAACCUUAUCUCUGGUCAGAAUAAACAUUUGUAAUUAAUUUUAUUUACUUAAAAAAAUAACUAUGAUAUACACAUCAACUUUAUACAUCAAUCUUUCUUGAAUAUUUAGGCUGUCAAUUCUAUCAUUACAGAAAGUGAAUACUAAACAUAUGAAAAUUCAUUAAUUAAAUUAUGUAGAUUUUUAUUAACAAGAGAAAUCAAAAAUUAAUUAAUUUCUGAUUCAUUUUAAUUUUAUAUUUCUUGA